AUGGAUAAUGGAAAAAUCAGUUUGAAUUUGAUGAAAAUGAAAACUAACAAGCAAAACAUCAACACAAACAUUAAAAACAAUUUAAAUGCUAAUAAUAGCAGUGUGAACAAGAUCUCGUUGAACUUAAUCAUAAAUAAACAAACUGAUGAUAAUGAGGUAAAAAGAACAGCAACUAUUCUCAGACAGUCUCCUCAUCCAGCAUUUCAGAGAAAGUUGUUAUGCUCAUAUCGAGAUCCCGGCUGUCUCAUUCUUGGUCCAUGUGAUGCUCAAAGACUCUGUAAGGAGCAAAGUUACAAAAAUGCUGAUGAAGCGAAGGAAGAUUGCAGAAAUUUUCUGAAACAAAAGCAACAAGAACUUGAACAGAUGGAAGAUUGUCACAAAAAAUGGCAGGAACUUCAACACAAGAAGGAUUGUUUGGCAGCUGACAAUGCUCUGAAAUGUGAGGAACAGAAGAAGGCAAACUACUUAAAAGAGAAAUAUGCUCACUGCAAGCUAAUGAGAGAUGAUGAUGUCAAGUACCUCCACGAUUUAUCUACAAAAGCAGUGAACAUGUCUGUGUGGAAGGAUCAGAUGGAAGAGAAGAAGAGGAUGCAGAAGAUGAUGUGUGAGGAGGACUACAGAAUGGAUAUGGAGAUGGAGAAAUUGAGAUUGGAGUCAACUAUAAAUGAAGAAGAAUUGAAGGCAAGAAAGAAGAAGGAAUACAUGCAACAACUGGUCCAACAAAUCAACUGCAACAAAUUGAAAAAAGUGGAGGAGGAAGAGGAGAAAUACUUGGAGGGGUGUGCCAUUCGGAAGUGUUGGGAGCGAAUGAAUGAGGAAGAUUUAGAGAAGUACGAACAGAAUCACAGCAGAAACAACAAUUUCAAGAAACAGCUGGAUAUCUGCAGUCAACAAAAAUUGAAGAAGCGAGCUGAAGAUGAUGAAGAAGAGAGGGCGCUGUUGAUUCGCACCAGGGCUGUGCAAGAUGAACUCGAUAAAUUGAAGGAUUCUCACAAGUGCACUCGAGAAAGAAAGAUUGAAGAGCAAAAGCAGAUCUCGGAGAUGCUCCUCUGCAAGCUGGAGGCCUCUCUGCAGGAAUCCACGAGGGCUGAAGCACUUCGCAUCCAACGAGCAAUGGAUCAGCUGGAGAACGACAUGCACAGAAGGGAGAGAGAGGACAUGUCAAACAGAAGAGAGGCCGAGUGGAAGCUAAAGAAACUUCGUGAUUGUCAGUUGCAUGAGAAGAGAGGAUUCAACGCCAUACAGGCUGCUAGAGAUAAGGCUUACUUCGAAUCUGAUCUCAGAAAGUUGAUAAAAGAGAUAGAGCUUGACGAAGGGCCGAUGGGAGAGAGGGCAAAGAAGUUGAGGCAUGGAGAGUUGUUGCGGCAACAGCUAAAGGAGGUUGAAUGCAUGAAGAAGGAAGAUAUGUCCGUCAGAUACAAGGAUGGAUGGGCGAUUGCUGAAGAAGAAUGCAUGCACAGGAAGGUGGUCGAGGAUGAGCUUGAAAAGAAGAUCUGUCAACUCAGAGAGAAAGGAAUUCCAGAGAAUAAUUUAUGCAAGAUCCGUGGAAAGGUGAAGCAAAAGAUGACCACACUCAAGUUCCUCAAGUGAUAGCUACCUCCAUCCAUUCAAUGCAAUUCUUCAUAUGAAACAUUCCAUCUGUCUGAUGCAAUUCUUCAAAUGAUUGAUGUCUUACAUCUAUCCUAUUUAACUCAUCUAAUGAUUCUGUUCAAGAUGUUUUGUUUUGUUAUUAUUUAUUAAAUAAUAUUUUAUAUUAUUUGUAGUCGGCAUAAUUUCUACUUUUAGUUUUUACAUAUUUUAUUGCUCUUUAGAUGUUUUGUCAAUAAUAGUUAUUAAGUUUUGUUUU